AAGUACUGAAUGACCUUGAGAUAACCAGCAGGUAGUCCUUCAAGGUGAUAACUUACACCUCUCUCUGAUUAUAUUACCCAAACUACAGGUCCAAACUGUCAUCAACUAACCCAUCCUCCUUCUGUGACAUCUAAGACCCGUGUAUAGGAAUUACAGGACAUAUUAAGAAGAAAAUUAACCUUUCUCCCGUAUUUAUCUGUGAACAGAGUGCGCGUUGUCGACGAUGGUGGUCUUGUCGGUACUUGACAGAGGCUUACGCACCUACAAUGGAUGCCUGUAUGCUCAGCCUCUCCUCACCAAAGCUUGCACCAGUGCGUUUACUGGGGCCCUCGGAGACUUUUUGGGCCAGCUCAUAACAAGACAACCGUCCAUCAAUUUCUACAGUAUGGCAAGAUAUGCGUCAUUUGGGUUUUUUGUGACGGGACCAUUGGCUCAUAACUUUUACAAGAAGAUAGACAAAUUGGUGCCGGCCACAGAACGAGGGGCAGCCAUCAAGCGCCUCCUGGUAGACAGACUCAUGUUUGCUCCUCUCCUCCUCCUCCUCUCCCUUUACCUUCUCUCCAGGCUUGAGGGCAAGAGUCACCGCACCUGUGCAAAUGAGAUCCAGCUAAAAUAUUGGGCGGCGCUCAAGAUGAACUGGAAAGUGUGGACUCCUGUGCAGUAUAUAAAUAUCAACUAUAUUCCUCAACAGUACCGUUCACUCUUCGCCAACUGUGUCGCUGUCUUCUGGAUCAUCUACCUCACCAACAAGAGGAGACAGGCUGCUGCUGCUGCAUCUAAAAGUGACUAAACUAUAACUAAACUUAAAGAAAAAUCUAUAAAGGUAAAUGAAGUAGUUGAGGAGUUUACUUUGUGAUCAAGAUGAAGUGGAAUGUAUGGGAGAAACGUAGAGCUUAAAAUACCCCACAUGUUAAUAAGUUGUAAACACUAAUACUGGACAGGAGUUUUUUUCUUCUCAAUUUUAUUUGACUAUUAGUAGGUUAAGUGGUCUGGUGUACAGAUCAAUUCUAGUGUCAUGAAUCUUCCUGUGGGUGUUAAAGAGUAGCUGUAAUGCUUAUAAGUACCUUGGGGUGAUAAGUAGUGUGGACCACUAAGUAGGUUGGACCGAUAAGUACAAUAGUGUGGGCCAUCAACUAGUAUGGACCAACCAAAUCCCAUUGUUUUAUAGAAAGUAGUACACUAUUACUACAGGUGGUACCAUGAUAAAAAUUCACCAUUGCGAUCACUCCUUAAAUACAGUCAUUACUGUUUCAAAAGGUAAGAUUAAUAUACUACAAAACUCUCCUUCCUUCAUUUCAGUACUGUAUUGUGUAACCUCAGUCAUACAGAUAAGUUUCCUACAACAGUUGUGUAAAUAAAUACUUCAUAAAU